AUGAAAUCUGAUUCCUAACAUGAUAAUGGAACUUUAUAAUAAUUGGGUCGUUUGAGAAUACCAAAAGUACUCUUCUUACCAGGUGAACCAAUGGCCAAGAAGAGAGUCUCCUCCCUUCCAUCCAGUCCUGUGAAGGGUAUUCCAAAUUAAGCAGAUGUCCAAGAGAAACUGAGAAUACUUGAGGCGGAAAGGGAGGCAAAACAGAAGUUGCAAGAACAAGAAAUGCUUGAAAGGGGCAAACGAUGUUCAUUCAAUAGAUAAGCUCACAUCAUAAACAAGUUGCAUAAUGUCGAAUAGUAGUUAGACAGGUGGAAGAAGACCAGACAUAACAUUGAAUUGUAAGUCAUUGUAGUUACAAAAAGCGUCAACAAAACCAAGAUGAGUUAGAUGUUUGAAUCUCAUUAAAAGACUGGACUCGAAUUUCACCGUCCAAUUUAGUAAAGAAAUAAGAGUUAUUCCGAAUUUGAGCAUAGAAGCAGUGGAGCCUAAUUUAAUCCUGAGCUUUUUUAAAGAAAGAAGGACAGAGAGAGAGAACGAUCUUAAUUGGUAAAUUAGACAAGAUAUCGAAAUAAUGUAAGUUAGAUCGAUAGGAAUGUAAGAGUUAUGCAGAAAAAGUAUAGAACUGAAAAAAAGUGUUUUGCACUCAGAAAGCCCUUUUAUAAUAUUAAUGAUAUUAAAAAUUAUUCUCACUUCUUAUUAUUUUGA